AUGUACGACAACGAGGCGUUGUACGACAUAUGCCGCCGCAACCUUGACAUCGAGCGUCCUACGUACACCAAUCUGAAUAGGCUGCUGGCGCAGAUCAUCUCCUCGUUGACUGCGUCGUUGCGCUUCGACGGUGCCCUGAAUGUGGAUAUCACCGAGUUCCAGACCAACUUGGUACCCUACCCGCGCAUCCACUUCAUGCUCUCGAGCUAUGCACCAGUGAUCUCUGCGGAGAAAGCGUACCAUGAACAGUUGUCAGUGGCGGAGAUCACCAUGUCCGUCUUCGAGCCGGCAUCCAUGUACGUGAAGUGCGAUCCUCGUCAUGGCAAGUACAUGGCGUGCUGUAUGAUGUACCGUGGAGACGUCGUGCCCAAGGAUGUGAAUGCAGCGGUCGCUACUAUCAAGACCAAACGUACCAUUCAGUUUGUGGACUGGUGCCCCACAGGCUUCAAGUGCGGUAUCAACUACCAGCCUCCUACUGUGGUUCCCGGCGGUGACCUGGCUAAGGUGAUGCGUGCCUGCUGCAUGAUCAGCAACUCCACAGCCAUCGCAGAGGUUUUCUCCCGCAUCGACCACAAGUUCGACCUCAUGUACUCGAAGCGCGCUUUCGUGCAUUGGUACGUGGGCGAGGGCAUGGAGGAGGGUGAGUUCUCCGAGGCUCGCGAGGACCUGGCGGCGCUGGAGAAGGACUACGAGGAGGUGGGCAUCGAGACCGCGGAGGGCGAGGGCGAGGAGGAGGGCUACGGCGACGAGUUCUGA